AUGAGCUUUUAUCCUUCAGAAUCUCAUCAUUUGAAAGAUUGGGUUUUUGGAUCUUUAGAUUUCUUGAGAACAAAAAGAAAUGAAAUUAAUGAAAAAGCAAGAGAUAAUUGGAAGGAUGUAUUUAGACAAAUAUCAAAUGAAAGUUAUGAGAUUGAUGAGAUGUUACUGACAUCAAAAGAGGAGGAAACUUUAAUUUCUUAUUACGGUAGACAAUUAGUAGAGUUUUGCAACCAUAAACAACUUCCAUUUGUAUCAAAAUAUAAUGCAUCAAUACUAUACCAAAGAUUCUUUACUAACCAAAGUGUAAUGGACUAUGAUCCUAGAAUUAUAAUUUUUACAAGUAUAUCAUUAGCUUUAAAACUAGAAGAAUAUGGUCUUCAUUUUACUUUAGAGAAACUUUUUGGAGAUGUUCCAGGCUUGAACAUUCAAGAGGUAUUUAGACAUGAAUUAAUAGUUUGUAAUACAUUAAGAUUUCACUUAUAUAUAUUAAACCCAAGAAAUACAUUGGAAGGUUUAAGGCUUUUAUAUAAGAAGUAUUAUAUAGAUGUUUUAGUAGUUGAUGAAGAUUUGGAGAAUCCUGAUAAUAAGAAGACAUAUAACAAAAAAAAUCAAUUAAUUAGUUUAUUAACUAAAGUUAUAUUAAAAGCAGAAACAUAUGUGUUAAUGAUUUUACAUACACUAUGUUUUCUAAUAUAUACUCCUUCACAAAUUUCAAUUACCCUUUUUGAUAUUAGUGCUAGAGAACUGAAUUUACCUUAUUCUGGGGAUUUUUUAAAGAAGGUACUUAAAGAAAUACACCAAGCUAAUUAUUUGAAAUCAGAGACUGAAACCAGCCAUUCUAGUUUAAGUAUAAUUCAUUCCAUUCGAGAUUUAAUUAUACAAACUUUAGAAACUGACAGAAUUGCAAAGGAAAGAGGUCAUGAACACGAAGAAAUUGAAACUACAAGAAUUCUUGAUAAAUUAGCUAAAUUACAAAGGAGAAGAAAUAAGGAAAUGAAGAGAAGAAGAAAAAGUUCUUCUCAAUUAUAA